UUCAGUAAACAGCUACGACAUUUUUAAAAAAUUUAAUUGACGGCAUAUCAUGUGUUGUCAAUUGACAGUUAUAUCAACCAUUGUCGCUCCCCUUGGUUCGAUAUGAUUGUUGAAUUAAUAUGCUGCAACAAGAUGAUGCGUAUAAAAAGUGGAACACGGGAAGACAGUCUGAUUUUUCUCAGCAUUGAACUGAGACCUCUGAUUACGCGCCAGUUGAUAACCUUUUCUGGGAAAUAUUUCUCUGAUGCUAGCUGGGGAUUCUUCAAGAUAACCAUGUCAUUUUGGUAGCAGAAGUCGUUGAAUACUUGUGGUUCCAGAAUAAGAAAAUAUUGACAAGUAUUUCCAUGAGACAUACGUGUUGUUUUAUCUAUGAAAGUGAUGUAUAUUUUUAAAAUUGUUAUUUUUAUAUUCAACGUUGAGUGAGAUAAAUAAUUUCAACAUGAAGAGAACUAAAAAUUUAUCUUGGAUUUGUGUUGUUACAAUAAUUAUUGCAAUAUUUGCUGAUGCCGUUCAUGGAAUUUAUGAUCCAGCUGUGACGACGACUAAACCGCCAAAGCGUAAAGAAUCUUUGCCUUGGCAUUUAAUAAAUGAUAAUGGCAAGCCAGCAGAGUUCCUAGAACCUCCAAAGCUUUCGCAAACUUCUUACAUUCCCACAACGUCCUGGAUCAACUGGAACAAGAAUCUUAAUGGUGGUAUUGAACAGACAACUGGAAUCGAUGAAAGUUUCAACAAAGAAACUAUUCAAGGAGAACAUGGAGACCAAUAUCAAGAGAAGCAACACGUGGUAUUUGAUAAUGGCGACCAAGGAAUUUAUAGUAAAUAUGGAGCUCAAGAUAAAUUAUUCUGGCAUGUCAAUCAAGAGGGUAACAAUUUUGAAUCUCAUGAAUUCCAAGGUGUUAAAAGCGAAACGCGAAUACCCGGAGAGAAUCUUUAUGAAGGUGUCAUAGAUGAUUUAAACAAACCAAGAAAAGAAGCACUUGUCGAUCCUAAGGAUUUUCAAUUAUCGAAUGUAGCUAAAUAUGACAGAAAAACAGGAGUUCAAUGUCCUUCUCCAGAAGCAACUGGUCAAUUUAUUUAUCCACUUGAUUGCAAUUUUUUCGUCAACUGCUGGAAGGGUCGACCAUUCAUUCAACCUUGUGCUCCUGGCACUCGUUUUAAUUCAGAAACUUUGGAGUGUGAUUUUCCUCAUAAAGCCAAGUGCUAUGGAGGAGAAAUAGCUGACUUCAUAACAAGUGAUAACUACGAAAUUUCCGGGAACCGAGAAUCUUUAUCGAAAAGAUAUUCUCCACUAGUUGCAUACCCUGAUUUUAACAAUUAUCAGCCACAAUGUCCAGAGCAAAUGACCGGUCUUUUACCACACCCCACUGAUUGCAUGAAAUAUCUUCAAUGUAUAAAUGGUCGAACGAUCAUUAGAAACUGUUCUGUUGGUACUGUAUUUAAUCCAGUACUCAGUAUUUGCGAUUGGCCAAAGAACGUUCAAGGAUGUGAAAAUACUUUUAAAGAUCAAUCUGAGCCACUUCCCCCAUUUGAAAGUGGAAGCUCUACAAAUUCUCAAUAUCAAAAUUAUAAAACUCCAUGGAGUUCAACGUCAGUUCCAGUUAGACAAGUAGUUCAAUCAGCGACAUGUCCAGACGGUUUUAGUGGAAUGAUGCCUCAUCCUACUAAUUGUUUAAAAUUUCUUCAAUGCAAUUUUGGCCACGCCUUUAUUAUGGAUUGUGGCCCUGGAACUGUAUUUAAUCCUCAAAUAAAUAAUUGUGAUUGGCCAUAUAAUGUGCCUGGAUGUGAAAAUUCUCUCAAAAAUAACCAGGAAAAUCAAAAUAAUAGAGAGGACCGCACAAAUUAUGGAUUGAAUACAUGGUCUGGAAGUACUUCUCGUGUUGAUGAACAAAAUUAUCCAUCGCAAGGAUAUAAUUACAAUACUUAUAAUAAGCUCUUGAAUAAUAAUAACAAUAAUAAUUAUGAUAAUUAUCAAAAUCAAAAUCAAGCUAAUUCACCCAAACCUUGUAAAUAUCCGGAAUGCGUACCUGGACGUCCAGUUCAACAAGAUAACAAUGGAUAUUAUUCAUCUGGAUCUUCAUACGUACCACAAAUUUACACUCGAUAUCCUACUGAUCCUAAUGGUAAUCAUAAUAGACAGAAUGUACGCUGGGAAAAUUCGAACACUCAAAUUCCUAAUGAUGCAGUACAACAAAGUUCUCCAGCUUUUUCAAAUAAUAGACAAGGCCGUUUGGGUACAUCUUCGUACAACCCUGUUGUUAAUUACCCAAAUAUUCGGGACAACCCUCAAUAUCCGUAUCAAGAAGCUUACGGAACUUCUGAAUUACGGCCAGUAAACACACGUGGAGAAGGUACAUAUACAUAUACAAGAAUUCCUACUCAAACAGAAAGUUCAAGUAAUUCAUGGAUUCAACAAAGACCUACGUGGAGGCCCAACUCGGGACCAUAUGGUGAUAUUUAUCAAUCGACGCCAGAUGAGUCACAACAGCAUGAGCAAUUCCAAGGAUAUGUACCAACUUGGGGAAACCCUAAUUCAAACAAUAAUCGUGGUGGAUCCAUUUCAUCUUCAAAUAAUGAAGGCACCUCUACGAGUUCUUUAGACCAUAAGCUUAACCGAUGGCAAUCAAAGCCGAAUAUUAUUGAACGUGGUGAUAAGGUUAGUGAGCAAGACACGAAGAUGGACUCUUGGGCAGGGAAGACGAACAUUUUCAAUCAAGGACGAGGUCAAAACGGAGGAGGCUCAGAAAUGUCUCCAAGUUCAACAAAAACUUAUCCUGCGGGGAUAUAUGUGAAUAUUAAUGGUACUAGAGGUCAUUACAUUAUUAAUGAUGUAGAAAUAAAUCAGAAUCAUUCAAGAGUUCAGAAUUAUAGCCCUACCGGAAGUGAGUACAGUGAAGAAACUUCAAGUGGAAGAACUUAUGUUCCAGAAUCUUCCAUGUGGAAGCCUCUUCAUCAAAUACAACCAAAUAACAAUUCCUCUGAUUCCUCUAAUUUAAAUAGACCUCGAUGGAAACCCAUUAAAUACCAUAACAAGACGCAAAAUAGUAUACACGACCACUUUAAUCAGUCUCAUGUCAGAUGGAAACCUGAAAACAAUGUAAACUCAUAUACCUACAGCUCCCCAGAAUCAAUUCACGACCCGAAAACCGACACUGUCAGUAAUUAUAAUACUCAUCAUGAAAGCACGCCUAGCUCAGAAAUUGGAACUAAAAAUAUACAAUCUGUAGGAGUAAUUAGACCCAGAGAGAAACCAGAGACUAUAUUUUCUUCGAUUGGAAACAUGGACAGUAUUUAUUAUAAUCAAGAAAAUAUUCCUCAAGAAGAUAAUAUUCGUGAAACAAUUGUGAAUCCAAAUUUUAAGGUUGAUAUAUUAGACAGAACUAAUUCCUGGACACCCAUUGAAGUUAUAGCUAAUAAACCUAAAAAAAAAGAUAAGAGUGUUAUUAUGAAGAUGAAUAAGCAAACCUUGGAUUUAGAUAUCUUCAAUGUUAAAUCUGCACCUUGGGAAGAAAAUGAACCACCGUUUCCUGUUUACUAUGUACCACCAGUGAAUUCACUUCACCAACACGAUAAUUCUAAACUGAUUACUCCAGCCUCUGGUCAGAUACUACGUUUGAGAGGAGGAUCUAGUGCUAGAGACGGCUAUGUAGAAGUUCAAGGUAUUCAAGCAGGUUGGGGUGUAGUUUGUGAUACCAAGUACGGUUGGACUAUUAAAGAAGCAAACAUUAUAUGUCGACAGCUUGGAUUCACGAGAGGUGCUGAAACUUUCUGGCAAGGUCGAAAAAAUGGACAUAUUCCACCGUGGAUAGCAACGACAAAUAUUCAAUGUCAUGGCAAUGAAACUAAGUUUCAGACUUGUGAAUUUGUGCAUGGUACGGAAUGUAAUAUUCAACGUGAUGCUGUUGGAGUCAACUGUCUUCCAAAUCGAAUAGCUUAUUGUCGUCCAGAUGAAGUUGCUUAUGAAGGAAGUUGCUAUCAUUUAGCUGACUCGGAUUCCGGCUUAACUCAUGAUGAAGCAUUGAAGUAUUGUUCUGCAAAAAAUGCAAGAUUAGUAGACAUCACGAAGCAAAGUGAAAAUGAUUUUCUGUCUGAAUGGCUAAUUCAAAGUUAUCCCAACGUUGAAUCAGUUAUGACUGGUGGAAUUGGAUUUACUGCUUUGAAUAAUACAAUCUGGUUAUGGGAGGAUUCUACGUAUGCUAAGUUUAAAUUUGCAAAAUGGUGGCCGGGAUGGCAAAAUGAAAAAGCAUUGCCACCUUCAACCGGAAUACGACCUAUGUGUAUUAUAAUGAAAAAAAAAUUUCCCUGUUACAACCGACCCGACUCUCUUUGUCUAGCUGAUUAUUUCUUCUGGGAUGUGGAAGAUUGUGCAUCAUCUAUGAAAGGACACUCGUUUAUUUGUGAAAGACCGUACAAUGACAUUAGUUGUAUUUAUGGGAAGGGGCAUCAAUAUUCUGGAAAAGCAAAUGUUUCUGAGUCUGGUGCUCCAUGUCUAUCGUGGAAUGAUCCAGCUGUAUCUGAUUUUUUGAUAUCUAGAGUACCAGAUCCUGUAACGAGAGAAAGAUUGCGAGCUCACAAUUAUUGUCGAAAUCCCAAUCAAAUGAAGGAAUCCAAACCUUGGUGUUUUACUGGUCCAUAUGGUCAACGCGAAUACUGUGAUAUUCCUUCUUGUGGAGGAAUUGGUAUGAAUGAUAUCAAUUUCAAUACUCAAAUAUAUUAUUCAAAAAUAAGAAUGCAUAAAAUGAAAUGUUGAUUAACAGUAGAACAAUUUAAUAACAACUAUUAAUUAAUUAUAGCAUUAAUUACAUAACAGUACUCUUGAAUACGAACUGAAAAUUAGAAUGUGGUACGACGAUCAUAAAUAACAAUGAUAAACUUCACUAACGACUAAUUAUUCAACUUGAUAAUUAUAACUGAUCGAUUUAUAUGCAAAAUGAAUCUUUUAUUAUCAAAUAAUUGGACACUCACAUGAAACGAUAUUGUGGAUUGACAGUGUGUUGCAUAUCAGUGUCCAAUUAUCUAAAAGAGGGAUAAAAAGUAACAAAAUAUAAUAGUAAUAUUUGUUAUACUGUAAA